AUAAGAGCUUUCUAGACUUUGUCAUGUAUGGCCGAUAGAAUUUCUCGUUGGCAGCAGAGGCUCCACACAGCGCAACCAUUAGAAGGCAGAGCAAAGGAGAGCAGAGCAGAACAGAACAGAAGUUCAUAGCUCUUACUAGCACCAGAAACUCAACUCUCAAGCCAUGGCAGCGACAGAACCCACCAAGAGAUAUGCUGUAGUCACAGGUGGAAACAAGGGGAUCGGGUUCGAGAUUUGCAGGCAGUUGGCCGCGAAUGGUGUUGUGGUUGUCUUAACAGCAAGGGAUGAGCAAAGGGGUCUUGAAGCCCUUAAGAAGCUACUCCAACACUCCUCCUCGGACUCCGUCGUCUUUCACCAGCUCGAUGUCACGGACUCCGCCAGCAUAGCUUCCCUUGCCGAGUUCGUCAAGACCCGGUUCGGGAAGCUUGAUAUCUUGGUGAACAAUGCCGGUAUCGGAGGAGUCGCAGUGGAUGCCGAGGCCCUCCAGGCUUCCAAUGUUGGAAAGGAAGGUGCAGAGGUAAAUUGGGCCGACUUCAUAACCCAACCUUACGAAGGGGCUCUAGAAUGCAUCGAGACAAACUACUAUGGGCCGAAGAGAAUGGUGGAAGCAUUUAUCGAGCUCCUUCAGCUCUCCGAUUCUCCAAGGAUUGUGAACGUUUCCUCCUCCAUGGGGAAGCUCAAGAACGUCCCUCAUGAAUGGGCUAGGCAAGUACUGAGUGAUGCUGAGAACCUCACACAAGAGAAGAUCGAUGAGGUCUUGAACGUCUUUCUCCAGGAUUUCAAGGAAGGUUCUUGGGCCUCCAAGGGUUGGCCUACAUUUAUGCCUGCAUACAUAGUCUCAAAAGCGGCCUUGAAUGCUUACACAAGGGUUCUGGCUAAGAAAUACCCGACGUUCUACAUCAACUCUGUCUGCCCCGGGUUUGUGAGGACUGAUCUUAACUUCAACAGGGGGAUUUUGCCCGUUGAAGAAGGCGGUGAAAGCCCUGUGAGGUUAGCUCUGUUGCCCGACGGAGGCCCAACCGGUCGCUUCUUUGUUAGGAAAGAAGAGUCCGAGUUUUAAUCCAGAAAAAAUCAACGUAUCAUCCAUUCCUGGAUUAACUGUAAGUAUAUGUUAUGUGCGACUCCAGGUUUCUACAGAAGCUUGUUUUAAGAUUCUGUUAUAUCUUCAUCAACCUCGUCUAUAUAUUUAUGCUUAAGUAAGCAGUGAUGAAUUUGUUUGUCUUAUCACGAUGAAAUAUAUAUAUAUAUAUUCCUGUGCUCA